AUGGGCAAGGAUAAUGAUGAUAGUGGCGAUGAUGAUGAUGAUGAUAAUGAGCCACAACAUUAUCAACAAUUGUUGAAAAGCAUUAAAUGGUUGAACACCUGUUUUAAUUAUGAUACAACUGAACCAGAGAUUACAGGUGAAUGUUAUUUUGAUGUUGUUGUUAAUCGAAAUGUUGGUUGGAAUGAGCCAACCAUUACAAUUAUACAACACAUAAAAAAAUUAAAAGAAUGGGACAUGCUUAUUGGUAUCAUUGUCAUGGACUUAAGUAAUAAAAACUGUUGGUUUGCUCUAGAUCCAAAUACAACAGAAAGCUACAAAGGUAACUAUAAAAAUUAUAAUCCUUUUUUCUUCGCAUUAAACAAAAAGUAUGGUAAAUAA